AACUCAUAUGUGAACCUCACAACAAAUUCCCAACUGUAUUAUUGCUAAAGCUUUCUAAUUAAAGAGUUACUUGAUGACGAUUGUUGGACCACCAAAACGUAUUCAAGAAAUUUCUGCCAAAGGAGAAGAACCUCCAUCCCAAUUUUUUGUUAAGGACACUACUUUUGCAGGCAACUUAGGCUCUGUUUCAUCAAUCCAAAUUCCGAUCAUCGAUCUGAAUUUGCUUUCAUUGGAUCCCAAUUCUAAAGCUUACACGAAUGAAAUCAACAAAUUGCUAUUUGCUCUCACCUCUUGGGGUGUUUUUCAGGUAAUAGGUCAUGGGAUGUCAAGUUCAUAUUUGGAGGAAAUACGUAACAUCACCAAAAAAUUCUUUUGUCUAUCAAUGGAAGAGAAGCAAAAAUAUGGUAGAGCUGCUGAUGGAUUUGAAGGAUAUGGGAGUGACCCAAUUAUUGUAGAAGGACAAGUUUUAGAUUGGUGUGAUAGAUUAUUUUUGACAGUUUACCCCCAAGAUUACAGAAAUCUUCAACUUUGGCCCCAAAAUCCUCCUAAUUUUAGGGAUAUGUUUCAAGAAUAUUGCAAGAAGGUGAUACUAUUAACAGAAACUUUAUUAAAGAUACUUUCCAAAUCACAAAAUUUGGAGGAGUAUACUUUCUCAAAAGAGAUUGGAGAAAAAACAUUGGUACAAGCCAGAUUUAACUUGUACCCUAAAUGCCCAAAACCAGAUAAAAUCUUGGGAGUUAAAGCUCAUUCAGAUGCAUCAAUAAUCACUACUCUUCUACAAGAUAAAGAAGUUGAGGGCCUUCAAGUUUUAAAAGAUGGUAAAUGGUAUGGAGUUCCUACAAUACCCCAUGCUUUAUUAAUCAAUGUUGGCGAUCAACUCGAGAUAAUGAGUAAUGGAAUUUUCAAGAGCCCAAUUCAUAGGGUGGCAGCAAAUUCAGAAGAAGAAAGGAUAAGUGUAGCAGUGUUCUAUUCCCCAGAUUAUGAGAAAGAGAUAGAGCCCCUCCAAGGAUUAAUAAAUUCAGAAAGGCCCCAAAUGUUCAGAAAAGUUAAAAACUAUGCUGCCAUCAAUUUCAAUUCCUUCCAUAGUGGCCAAAUAGCCAUUGACACUCUCAGAAUUUCACCUUCUCAAUGAAUAAUUGCAACAAAUUUCCCCUUAUGUCCAUGGCAAGUCAACAAUUUUAUGUAACACAUUUUCUUUUAUAAUGUUCUCAAGUAUCAUUUUGUGAUGUUUUAUGGUGAUGCAUUUCAACUACUAAAUGUCCUAAUUUUUGUGUUUUUGCUUAUGGAGAAAAUCAGUUAGAGAGUAAAAUUGUGCCUCGAACGUUUUGUGUUAUAUGCAGAUUAGAAGCAAUUAAGGAAUACUAAC